GAAGUUGAAAGUCAGUAGUUGUAGUCCACGAGCGCUGGGGUCCACCUGCGUGCCUGCUGUUCUCUAUCCUCUUGUGGACACCCCUAAAUGAGUACCAAAAUGUCGCCCUCGGUGUCCCCUCGUUUCUUUUCCGAAAAAGAAGUAGCCAAACAUUGCACCAAGGAUUCGUGCUGGGUGUUGUUAGGGACGCGCGUCUACGAUGUAACGGCGUUCCUGCGGAUGCACCCCGGCGGAGAGGCGCUCAUCCUCCGCCGCUCAGGGAAGGACAUCAGCCUGGAGAUCGAGGGACCCCCACACCGGCACUCGGAGAACGCCCGGAGGUGGAUGGAGCAGUACUACAUCGGGGAACUCGACAGAGACAGCACGGAUGAAGACACAGAGGAGACUCUGAGACAGAGGAAAAAGAUUCCAGAAAGCAUCACAGAAGAAGAAGAAGAAACGACCUCAGCCAUUAACAAAUGCAGCAAAGUCGAUGAAGAAACGGAUCUGGUGGACUGGCGGAAGCCUCUGGCCUGGCAGGUCGGGCACCUCGGAGAGAAAUAUGACACGUGGGUCCAUCAACCCGUAGACAGACCCAUCCGACUGUUCGGGAAUGACUUCUUCGAGGCCAACACAAAGACUUCAUGGUACAUGGUGCCAAUUGUCUGGAUGCCUUUGGUAAUCUAUUUGAGCUGGUACUGCUACACUUUACUGGCACAAGAGACCACAAGACUGGUCAUCUCAUCAGACUACUCAAUUCUGGUGCACAAGUACAGCUUUCCGUUCAUCUUCAUGCUCGGCAUGUUUCUGUGGUCCUUCAUCGAGUACUGCAUCCAUCGCUUCGUCUUCCACAUGCGUCCACCGGCCCACAACUAUUACCUCAUCACACUGCACUUCCUGCUGCACGGACAACACCACAAGUCUCCAUUUGACGGCUCUCGGCUGGUGUUUCCUCCGAGUUUGGCCGCUGUGGUCAUCGGGUUGUUUUACCUGACCCUGCAGCAGCUGCUGGUGGAGGGUUUGGGCACCUCUCUGUUUGUCGGAGGCCUGUGUGGAUACGUCGUCUAUGACAUGAUCCACUAUUACCUGCAUUACGGCUCACCAAGGAAAGGCUCAUAUCUGUACGGCCUCAAAGCCUACCACGUCAAACACCACUUUGAGCACCAAAGGGCAGGCUUUGGAAUCACCACCACAUUCUGGGACUACCCCUUCAAAACAGUCAUCCCAAAGCAGACGUUCUAGAAGAUCCCUCCUUUUUUGCCACAAUGACCAAAUCAAUAUGCUCCCCAAAAACUCCCAUAAGCCUCUCUCCCUUCCUCGUUCACCCUUUUGCCACAGAUUAUGUACAGUGCCUCACCCUCCUGCUGCUACCAGCCAUAGCCCUGGGUUCACCAUCAUCAUCAUCUUCAUCCAGAGAAGGGGGAGAGCCUGAAACGAUCACAGAAUGUCAAGAUAUAUUAAUAUUUAUGUAUGAAUGUACUGAUGAAUCAAAACAGUGGAUGAAGUCUGUAAAUGUCUUUUAUUAUUAGAGGCACAGGAAUACCAAACUCACAGGUUUCGCCCAUCCAUGUAACGUUAGGAGAGGGACCGGUAAGUGUGGGACGGUGCGUGAAGGUGCGAGUGGAAAUAGUCGUAGUGUUAAGACGAUGAAGGCUAGCAGGAAGAGGUCCUUUCGGUGAGCCGUUGCCAUUAAGGGAAACUCAGGAAAGUCUCAGAUGCUUUAAUUCUUCUCAGUGUUGAUUCUGCAGCCGCUUUAUGGAUCGUUGCUUCCUCUCACCCAGCUGUCAGUCAAAUCUUUGCUCCGCCCAUUCAUUCUGCUUGUCCACCUUUUUCCGACAACUGCGAUUUAAAUUAUGGGUUGCCCUUGGGAAAUUUUCGAAUUAAAUAGGAAUUGAAACAAAUACGGUCACAUUAAUAAUCGAUAUCCAUAGUGAAAACUGGGCGAUAUUUACGAUUGUGCUUUAUUAUAUAUCCAUCAUGAAAAUAACGUUACGUUUGGUAUUUAAACGUGACGUUAAGUAUAACAAGCAUAUGCUAUUAUCUCGUUGUAUUCUGUAGUAUUUGUAAUAUUACGAAAGGCUUGUUUUGAGGGGCAUUCGAUGGUUCCUGAUAGUAAUUUGUUAACUCUAAGUUGACUUUUACAUUUGACGGUUGAGCUGCGAUGAGAAUAAUGACACCUUAUUGUGCCCAGUUUUAAAAAAAUGUCAUUGAUUGUUUACAGCUUGACGGAAGUUUCUCCCAUAAUUCACGCAAAAACAUCAUGGGGCUGCGGAAAAAGGUGGACGCUGUUUGCUCUGUUGAUCUUGCGUCUUACUCAUUUCUACCACUGUAUGGGGUUGUUUGCCAAUUUUUACUAAUAUCCUGAUGCGGAGGAUGUCACGAGUAGCUGCUCCUCGAGUAAUAUGUUACAUAUCCAGUGCGAUAUUAAGUUAUUGAGGAUUGAAGCUGGCUUUUGGUUCUCCGGACUAACACUCUUGGUGAGGGCAUGAUGCGGGGUUCACGGGUCUCUCCUGUCGGUGAGGGUUGCCUGCCGUCCAUAGCUGUUAUGAGGUAGAGGGUCUACCCAUAUCCUCCAUCUGUCGUGGUUUGUCGUAGAUAUAGCUGGCGCAACCCGUCCAUCUGGUGUGACGAUCUGUUGCAUCUGACCAGGCGUCAGGAGAGCGCCAACAUCCUCUGCUGAUCUCUCACCGAUUCAGAUUUGUUCACUCUGUGUUUCGUCCGUUUUAACCCCUGGCUUUUUUGUUUUCCGUCUCGACCCUGGUGGAAUCCUUUGGGAUUUCCCAGAAAAGCUGUGGUUAGCUCAUUUUGAGCAUAAUUUAAUGUCUUAUCGGUGGUGUGCUUGUUUGGUUGUCAUUUGGCUCGUUCACACCAAGAAUUAUAACUGUAAUCAUUAUACAAGUGUAUUAACUAUACUUGCAUUCAUAACUAUGGAUGAUAACAUUUUGUUUAUUUCAAGCAAGGAAUGACAUCUGUCGAUUUAAAAGCUCAGGUGGAUUCUGAUUUGCUGUCAAUGUUUUAAUUGUUUGUUAGCUUAAAAUAGCUUUAAAGGCCAUUCCAGUGAGCUAUUGUUAUAUAUAUAUAUAAUUCACACUAACAUAAGUACUUAAUGUUUUGGCCAAUUAAGUGGUGAAUUUAUAAGUUCUCAAUUGUACGAAAAGGCAAAGAUUUUUAGAAAAAGUGUAAAAAUAUAACAAAUAUAGUCUCAGAGCAGGUUGGACAAAAACAUACAAAUGAGAACGUAAAGUUCACACUAAUUAGAGGCUACUAAUUUACCAAAAUAUAUAACAUUUUAGUGAAUUGGUGUUACAAAUUGCCACGCAAUCUGUGUAUUGUAAGCCUGGUGAAGUUUUGUUGUCUCUCGCUUAAAAUGUUCAGAACAUUCAUAAUAUGUUUUAAAAAUAUUUUUAUAUAAUUUACAAAUUUUAAAAAAUUUUGGCCAUUUAGGUAGGAAAUUUGUAAGUUCUCAAUGUUUUGAAAAGUUACGAUUUUCAGAAAACGACCUUCUCUUUACUCUAAAUAGAAUAGUCUCUGAGCUGAUUGGACGAAAACAUUUAAACAAGACUUACAAGUUAGUACUAACAAAUGUUAGAAAUUUUAAGUUGGCUCUGUCUAUGGACUGCAAGACAGACGCGUAACAUAAAGGGGCGUAACUUGUAGUAUGUUAGAGGCGUACCUUGAAGUUAUAGAGACCCACAUGUCAAAACUAUGUUGUCAGCAAGAUGGUGCAGUACAUCAGUUAUUAACGUCUACACCUACUCUACACCUAAUCCCAACUAUAACAGUUAUUAACGUCUACACCUACUCCACACCUAAACCCAACCAUCAUAGUUAUUAACGUCUACACCUACCACAAUCUUUAACCCAACCAUCACAGUUAAUAAUGUAUAUACCUACCACAACCCUAAACCCAGCCAUCACAGUUUUUAACGUACAGCCACGAGUUUCAGAGGCUUUCAUACUUGACGCGCUUGCCAUUGUAUUGUUUUUCCAACCACAUGGGGCAACGCAGAGUACACGAACUGUCAUGAAAAAACGGAUUAAGAAGUCAGCGAGUUGCAUGGUGGAGUUGCUAAAUUAAUGAGUAAAGUAAAAUAUCGAACAAUCAAGGUAUGACAUCUGUCGCUUUAAAAGCUCAGGCGGAUUCUGAUUGGCUGUCAAUGUUUUAAUUGUUCGGUAGCUUAAAAUAGCUUUAAAGGCUAUUCCAGUGAGCUGUUGUUAUAUAUAUAUAUGUAUUUAUAUAAUUCACACUAACAUAACUACUUAACGUUUUGGCCAAUUAAGUGGUGAAUUUAUAAGUUCUCAAUUGUUCGAAAAGGCAAGGAUUUUUAGAAAAAGUGUAAUAGACCUAGAGGACAUUUCUCUAUUCCAAAUAUAACAAAUAUGGACUCGGAGCAGAUUGGACGUAAACAUACAAAUGAGAACGUUAAGUUGCAUGGUGGAGUUGCUAAAUUGAUGAGUAAAGUAAUAUAUCAAACAAAUUGAUUGUGGAUAAAUUUGGAGAAAACUCAUGAAAACGUGGUGAAAAUGUUCUCUGGUUUGUAUUUCCACCAUCUUGCCAACAACAUCUCGUGACAUUUCGCAUGGUUCAAUAGGAUCUCGAUAACUGCAAGUUACGCCUCUCUAACUUACUACAAGUUAUGCCGUUCAUGUUACACCACCGUCUUGCAGUCUGCAGACAGAUACACUUGGAAUUUUGGUGAAUUAGUGUUACAAAUUGCAAGAUGCGGAACAUGCAAUCUGUUUAUUAUAAGCCCGGUGACGUUUUGCUAUUUGUCGCUUUAAAUGUUUUGGUGGAUUCUGAUUGGCUGUCAAAGUUUUUAUCGUCUAUCUGUUGGGAAAAAUUUCCACCAGGAAAAAAAUUAUUCAAAACGUGAUUACAACAAUAUGGUAUCUCUGUGGCGUUAUCAUGAUAGCUCUUGUGUAGUCUAUGCUAUUGUUUUAGACAAUAUUUUAUAAAUAUAAAUAUAGCUAUUGUUCUUGGUGUGAACAGCCCUUGAGAGUUUAAUGAGGCCAUCGUAUCCUGGUUUGUUCUUGAUAAAAUUGAAUAAAAAGGUGAUUUUUUUUAAGUAAAAUGAUCCUCAUGUGCCUUCCCUACCAUCCUGCUCCUUCCUAACCAAUAUAGAUCACAUAUUUGGUUGGACGUUUCAUCCAAAGACAUGGAAGGACAUUCGAAUAGGGCUUUUCCUCAUACCGUGAUUCACUGGCACACUGGAACUAAUAAAAUGCAAUGGAUGACGUUGUAAUACUUUUUUGAUGAUUUUUUUUAUUUUUUGGUAACUGUGACACCCGACAUGGUCCCAUGUCAUAGGAGAACGCUUUCAUUCAAAGUAAGUCGACAGAGUAAAUAUAUUUAUCUGUUUACUUGUAAUCACAAUGGGAGCUUUUAAUUCAGAUAAGAUUUUCAGCUAUAGAUGCCUCUAAUAAAUCUGUUUACUACUAUGUAUUUUUAUUUUGGAAAUUUCUAUGCAAAUGCAAUUGUAUUUGUAAAUAAACAUAUGUAUAUUUCUGAGGA